AUGAUGAUGCAGGUGGGCUUGUCCGGAUCGGAGACGGAUGGUCGCCUGAAGCUGGCCGGAGAAAACCCAUUCACGGCAAAGGCUUCUUUGAUUCGUCGCUGGGGAACCCAAGUCACCAAUGACUUACCAAUGCCAGGGUUUUUCCUCAACAAAGCCUCCCCACUCAACGCGGUCCAAAUGGCAACUUUCUCAAAACUACUUGCCGAUCAAAACUCCUUCUCAACUCAACUCCCAGCCUUCUGCUCCAAGGCCAACCUCCUCUGCUUCCCGGACUUAUCCCCGAGCCUCGAAAAAUACGGCAACGACGUUAAUUUCGUUACCUACAGCGACAAGAACUUCACAAACUACGGCACCGACCGCCCCGGGGGAGUGGAUACCUUCAAGAACUACUCCAACGACUUCCUCCCUCUCGACAGUUUCCGUCGGUACAGUCGCGGCUCCCUCGGCCACAACGACAAGUUCUCCACCUACGCCAUUGAUGGCAACUUGGUUGAGCAAACCUUCGACACUUACGGCACCACCGCCACCGGCGGAGCGGGAACCUUCACCAACUACCAGAAUCUUGUCAACGUCCCCAAUCUGAACUUCACCUCCUACUCCGACGAUGCCAGUGGCCGGAACCAAGGUUUCACAAACUACAUAAACAAUGGCAAUAGCGGGGAGGAAGAUUUCAAAAGCUACAGUAAAAUGGGGAAUGGAGGUGAAAAUAAAUUCACCACUUACACGAAUGACUCAAACGGCAUUCUUUCGAGCUUUUCUAACUACGGUAAAUCCGGGAAUGGAAUUAAAGAUACUUUUACUUCAUACGGGUUUGGCGGAAAUGUGCCAGAAAAUACUUUUACCAGUUAUGGAGAUGGAGGUAAUGCUGCCACGGAAAUAUUCAAGAGUUAUAGUGAUAAAACGAAUGUUGGAGCUGACUUUUUCAAAUCUUAUGCUAAGGACUCAAAUGCCGCCAAGGCUAAUUUUGCUAGCUAUGGUCGGUCCGUGAAUAAGGGUCCGGUUCAAUUCACUUCUUACGGGGAAGGUGCCAAGAAUCAUCAUAUUGAAUUUAAAAUCUACGGUGACAAUUACAGUUUCAAGAAGUAUGCUAAAAAUGGUGUCACGUUCAAGACCUAUCUCAAUGAAACUGGUGGCAGAAAAGUUAAACCUAACACUAAUAAUAAGUGGGUGGAGCCUGGGAAGUUUUUCAGGGAGAAGAUGUUGAAGAGUGGAACAGUGAUGCCUAUGCCUGACAUUCGGGAUAAGAUGCCUAAAAGGUCAUUUUUGCCCCGAGUGAUCGCCGCGAAAUUACCAUUUUCAACUAGCAAGAUUCGUGAGCUGAACAAAAUUUUUCAUGCCAGGGAGAAUUCCGGAAUCGGUCGUUUGAUUUCUGAUGCGUUGAAUGAAUGCGAGAGAGCUCCUAGCCCUGGGGAGACCAAAAGGUGCGUUGGCUCCGGCGAGGACAUGAUUGACUUUGCAACUUCAGUGCUGGGUCGAAACGUUGUCGUGCGAACGACUGAAAAUACUCGAGGUUCUGGGGGGAAUAUACUGAUAGGUUCGGUCAAAGGAAUCAACGGUGGGAAAGUAACCAGAUCCGUGUCUUGUCAUCAGAGUUUGUUCCCGUACUUGUUGUACUAUUGCCAUUCGGUACCAAAAGUGCGGGUCUACGAAGCGGAUAUACUUGACCCGAACACGAAGGACAAAGUCAACCGCGGAGUUGCCAUCUGUCACGUUGACACGUCAUCCUGGAGCCCCGGUUAUGGAGCCUUCAUUGCUCUGGGUUCGGGUCCUGGGAAGAUUGAGGUUUGCCACUGGAUUUUUGAGAAUGAUAUGACUUGGGCUGUGGCUUAUUGAACUUUGCACGAAAUUUUUAAGAUGGUUCUUAACUACGGGUGGGCCG